AUGAGCAAAUAUUACGAGGUCAUCGAUACAUUGAUAAUUCUUGCAAAGGGGAAAAAGAGCUCAAUGCUACAGACAUAUCACCAUGCUGGUAUAAUACUCUGCGGAUGGGCUACGGUUGUUUAUGAUUCGCCAUGUGCACUUGUUGCAGGUAUAAAUGUGUUAGUCCACACAUUAAUGUACACAUACUUUGCUCUUCAAACACUUGGAUAUUCUGUGUCAACUCGUGUGAAACGAAGUCUGACCACUAUCCAAAUUGCACAAUUCUUUAUCGGAAUGAUAUUUGGGACCUCAUUUCUUUUCUUGAGUUACAAAGCUCCUCUGGACAUGUCACAAAUGGCCGUGAAAAAUGAUUCGGUGUUGGACUUCAGCCCACCCGCUAGCCAUGGUGAUACGACAAGAUUGGUGCCCAAAGACACGAUGAUCCCAUGCUUGAGUGACAGUGGGGAAGCAGCCACCAUUUACGUGUCAACUAUCUAUAUCUGGCCGUUGAUUUUUCUUUUUGUGAGAUUUUUCAUCAAGUCAUAUUCUCUGAAGAAGAGAUAA